AUGGUAAAGAAACUAAGGGCAGAAGAGAAUUCUUUGAGGGGAUAUGACAUUCGUGAGCUGUUGGAAAGGCUUAAGGGUGAGUUAGAUGGGAAGUACUUGGUGGUUUUGGAUGCCGUGUGGGGAACAGAUGAAGGGAGGUGGUGGGAUAGCUUGAAGUCCGCUUUGCCCCGAGUGGAGGGUAGCUGUGUUAUUGUUACAACAAGGAAUGAGAAGGUUACUAAAUCAAUGGGGGCUACCGAUAGGUGCAUACAUUGUUCACAAGUUCUUUCAGAUGAAGAUAGUUGGUCCUUAUUCAGCAAAGUUGCUUUUGCAAGAAACGGAGGUAAGUGCACAAAUCCGGAUUUGGAGGGCUUGGGAAAGGAGAUCGUUGAGGGUUGUGGGGGGCUUCCUUUGGCAAUCAACAUUGUGGGUGGAAUGAAGUUGGGGAAAGGUGAUUCCAUCCAUGAAUGGAGGCAAAUAUCAGAGCACCUAAAGGAGGAGUUGGAAUUCAGUAAGAAAGAUGAGCUGGUCAUUAUGAGACUAGAGUUAAGCUAUGAAGAGCUCCCAACACAGUUAAAACCUUGCUUCUUGUCCCUUGCCAUGCUUCCUGAAGAUUAUGAAAUACCAGUUAGGUACAUUGUUGAAUCGUGGAUUGGUGAAGGUUUUAUUUGGGGAAGAAAUGGGAAAACGGCAUUAGAGAUCGGAGAAGACUGCCUUACAAAAUUAUUUAAUCGAUUUUUGAUGCUUGGAGUGGAUAAAGAUGACUUCGAAAAAAGCUUCCUUGGUUGCAAAAUGCACGAUAUGGUUCGAGAUAUGUUUAUAAAAAUUGCAAGAGAAGAGGACUUUUUUGUGAGGUUGGACUGUGGAGAUAGGCCUGCAUUCAUUGUGCAGCCUCGCCGCUGGGGAGGCUUGGGAAUUUCGAUGAACACAACAGUGGGGAGCAUCCAAAACAGUUCUACCAAGCUGCGGACAUUGGUUGGGGUGGACAUUGAGCACAGAGAGAUUGUUGCAAGUGUAGAAGCAAAACUAUGCAAACUAAGGUGGUUGAGGGUCUUAUGUCUUUCAUUCUCAAACACAGAAAUCGAUGAAGAUAUUGUGGGCAAGAAUUGGUUGAGUAGGAUAGGGUCAUUACAGCACCUUGUUUUUCUUAGAAUCGAGAAUUCUGCCUUGAGAACACUCCCAGAUUCAAUCAGACAUCUUUAUAAUCUUCAGAUUCUAUGUUUAGUCGAGUGCACCAAUUUGGAAAGGCUUCCUCUGUCAAUCACGACAUUGGAGAAGUUCACAGCUAUCGAAAUCAUUGAUUGUCCGCCUUUAGAAUGCAUGCCGGCAGGGCUUGGAAAGCUUUCAAAUCUCGAACGAUAA